UUUUUCGUUGAUUAACUUGUUUGGUGCUCAGGUGUUCAUCAAAUCAUUCCAUAAUUCUGUAGAAAAGUUCUAUUGUGACAGAUAUCUAAACAAGAUGGUUUGGCUGGAAUCGUGCUGGUCUCCCUGCAUUUGGUCGAACUCUGUAAAAACUGGAAGCUAUGCUAUUGCAGCAUACACGGUAGCGAUAUGUAUUGUUCUUAUAACAAUGACCGGAUAUAUGCUCGCUGGAGGUGAUUCAUCCCAACUGUAUUCGCCACUGUUUGAAACAGACAUUCGCGACUCGAUGCAGAUCGUAGGAGGAUUCUUCAUUGCUUACUUUAUUUUGCUGAUCCUGUCGGCCUUUGGAAUCUGCUAUUCACUGAAAACUACAACUCGUGGGUGGAUGUUACCCUGGUUGGCGUUGUUCGGAGUGGCCAUUCUCUUUCAGUUCGUAUUUGGGCUUUGGUUAAUCGGAGGCUACUACAUAUAUCUUCAACAAACAUUGUCCAGCUUGAUUUUAUGGGUUUGGAUGGCAUACAAUAUUUACUGCUGGAUGUGCGUUUAUUCUCAGUAUCAAAUAUUCGUGGAAAUGCAAUCACCAAAUAUUGAACUUUUGAUGCCUUAAUCCUAGGAAGCAACCGCAAACUGUGGAGCAUUCGUAGAACCAAUCAGAUGCACUGUUCUGCGACAUGAUACACCAGUUCCCAAAAGAUCUGCCUCGGGCCUCUGCCUCUCAAAAUUAUGCGUAAGAAUAGGGCCGUAAAUAUUUGUCAUUAUGUCUUACAACUUGACUUUAAAGUGCCUUUGAACCAUUCCAACAGUUUUUUUUUUAUUGUUUGAUGGUAUUAGUAUUAAAAGCAACACAAACUCGUGUUGGUAUAAUGUAUUAAGAUAUAAUAUCUAUACCUCCACUUUUUUAAAUCAUUCACAGAGAUGAAUGUUCAGAAGCAUUUUAACGUAAAAAAAAUGUGCACUCCAUACAUUGAACUGAACUAUAACUUAUACCGUCCU